GAACGGUUGCCCUGGGACAGCAGCACUGCGGGAGAUGCCUUGGCCGCCCCUAAUGAGCUGUCACUAAUGAGCAGUGCCCCUGCCGUGGUGAUGGGGAUGGAGCUUAUGCAGCGCCUGACCGUGACCAUCCACUUCUCAGCAAAUGGGGGAACCAGCGUCCCGUUUGCCUUGUAAGGAACUGGCCUCUGGUGAUUGUCUGUCCCCUUCCCUAAACUCCACAGUUUCCUCCUUCCUCCACCCAGGGCGACCUGCUGACAAGCUGGUGGUGACGCCGCGGGAGCCGGUGGUGCAGUACGGGGGCUCAGUGCAGCUGAACUGCUCCCUGGCCUGCGUCGGGGGCACGGUGCAGUGGAAAGGACUGGACACCAACCUGGGGAGCAUCGCCUCCUUCCCCACCCACAGCAUCCUGCAUGUCAGCAGUGCCGUGGUCGCCAUGGCGGGCACCAAGAUCUGCCAGGGCACAUGCCAUGGGCAGUACUACCAGCACGCUGUUAACCUGAAGGUCUACGCCCUCCCGGACACGCUGCAGCUGGAGACAGACCCCCGCACCCUGGAGCCGGGGCAGCCCGCCAGACUGCGCUGCUCGGCCUGGCAGGUGUACCCGCUCAUGGGGCUGGUCCUCACCUGGUACCGGGGGGACCAAGUGCUGGAGCAGCCAGACUUCGAUGUCACGGAGACUGAUGAGGAGCUGUUUGACAUCGUGUCCACGCUGCUGGUGGCUGGGGAGGAGGUGGGAGAAGGGAUGGAGUUCAAGUGCAAGGUGACGCUGAGCAUCGGGCAGGAGAUCCUCACCCGGGUGGCAUCUGUGGCCGUGAGCGCUGGGGCUGUGACGGAGCAGCCGGUGGCCAUGGCCACCUCCACGGCGAGCCCCUGGGCAGUGGUGACUAUGACAUGGACACCCAGCACAGCCGGGCCCGGGACCACCACAGCGCUGCCCCCAGAGCCAAGUGUCACCACACAUGAUCCCACCACAGCCCUGGCCACCAUACCGUGGGAGCCUGAUGCUGAGACCAUCCUGGAGCCGGCUGCUGCCACCGAACCCCUCGCCACAGAGGGCCCUGCUCCCCAGGACCUUGUCGCAGGCAGUCCCACGGCAUGUCCAGCCACCACCACGCUUCCUGGCUCCACCACCAAGAGCCCCCCAGCUGAAGCGCAGGGGACGGCUGUGGACGGCAUCAGCUGGGGGUCUCCCUCGGCGGAAAAGGGGACAGGGCCAUCCGUGGGGACAGUGCCCGCCUGCACAUUGCGGAUCUGGUCGCUGCCUCCCAACGGGACGCGGGGCAGGGCUCUGCGCAUCGAGUGCCACGCACGGUGCACAGGGAAUGCCACCGUCCGCUGGCUGCGGACCCCCGUGGCCCUCUCGCAGUACCGGGAGGAGGUGGUGGGCAGCAGCUCCACACUGCGGCUGGACCACGCUGAGCCCUGGCACCAGGGCCACUACCAGUGUGUCCUGCUCGGCCACCGCUCCCAGGUGGUCAGUCUGCAGCUGACGGUCUUGGAUGAGUCGUUCAACACGGGCCCUGCCAUUGCCAUGGGGACAGCGGUCUCGGUGUUGGGCCUGAUCGUGACCGGCGUCAUGUCUCAUCGCCUGUGGAAACGAUUCAGAUCUCAGUACGAGCUGCCCUAGGAGUGGGAACUGCCUACAGAUGCCCACGGCCCUCCGGAGGAGUCCCUGCUGUCGCCCCUUCUGCUCCUGGCCUCGCCUGGCCCCUGGAACGACGAGCAGCCAAAGGAUCGCAGCGGGGACCGGCGGAGCUGGUGGGGUGCGGGAUGCUGCUGUGAGACCCAAGAGAAGAGCAGCCCUCACCCCAGCACAAGCGCUCAGGGACCCGGAGACCUCCGAGGAGCUGCUGCUUUUGAAAACUUCGUCCCUGCCUGAGGCUGCUGCUGCCGGGGACGCUGAGGGGCUUCCGAGGGGACAGGCCGCACUGGGAACUGCUCGGCUCCCGGGCAGGUAGCCUGCUGCUCGGAGGAGCUCGCCUGUGAGUCCUGUGGGAGAAAGGAGAGCCUCGGGGCUGCCUGCAGGACGGGAAGGCUGGAAGGGAGACAAGCAGAGGGAUCCGCAGUGACAGGGGGACGGGGAUGGGGACCCUCCCGGGGCUGGAUCACGCCGGGCCGGCGCUGGACACUGGGGUGGGUCCGGCCCUCGGGGGCUCCCGGCACCCACGCGGAUGGGCGGGAGAGCGUCGGCCGAUCCUCUGUCACGACAGAGGAGUCGGAAGCAGCCCUGGGGGGGCUGCCUGUGUGUGUCUGCGUCUGCGUACAUCUACAUCCCCUGGGCGCGGGCGGAGGAGAGCAGGGCCUCGGCGUGCGGGGCGGGGUGCUCCAA